AUGGAAGUGGUCCCCCCACCUUCUCUGAACGUGGCCGACCUACCUCCACUGGACCUGAGCUGUCCCCAGAAGCUGGACCUGGGUACUCCACCUCCACUGCGCCUGGGUACUCCACCACCAAUAGACCUGGGCACUCCACCUCCGCUGGACCUCAGCGCUCCCCAAAAGGUGGACCUGGGUGCUCCACUUCCAGAGGACAGCGAGUCUCCAGACUUGAGGGCACCCACUCCUGAGGCUAUGGAGGGCUGUCGUGAACCCCUACUUGCACUUGCUGGCCAGAAGGGUGGACGGUUGCUUGAUUGA